GAUCGGCGGUGCGCUGUGUUCCUCGGACACAGGGGAUCACUGAUCAACGGAAAGAACCGAAGAUGUUGGUUCAGUCAUGUCCAAUCACAGCUGAUCACAUGGGACAUGUACACUGAUCAUCAGGGCACAGAUGAUCAGUGUGCCCUGAUGAUUUGUGUAGCCCCAGCAGUGCCACCUGUCAGUGCUCAUCAGUGGCACAUCAAUGCCACAUAUCAGUGCCCAUCUGAGCUGCCUUUCAGUGUCACCCAUCAGUCCCAGUCAGUGCCGCCUAUCAGUGCCGCCUAUCAGUGCCCAUCAGUGAUGCUUGUCAAUGCCCAUCAGUGCCACCUACCAGUGUCCAUCAGUGCAGCCUAUCAGUGCCCAUCACUGCAGCCUCAUUUUCGCACAUCAGUG